AGUUUGGCUCAAACCUGGAUUGACCAGGGCGAGUGAUAGGUUCGGCCUGCGCCAAUGGAGCAGCGGCCCUGCCAGUAUGACAGAAACCACUCAGGCAAGUGGGUUGAGCAAGGAGCCGUGGCGAAGCUCAGCCUCUUGGCUCUCGACGACCGUCGUGGUCCUAUCGCCCGGGUGUCAUUGCCACCGUUCUUCUACAGCGAGAUGAUCGCCCCAUUUCUGAGUUUCCAUGGCCCAGUUCCUGACCAGCUCUAUGUCAUUGGCGGUCGUGACAACAACCAGGAGCCGCUGGAUGUGGUCGAGAUGUUCGACGCGUGGAAUGGAAGGUGGGUCACGUGCCCAGGAAUGCUGGCCAGGAGGGCAGGAUGUGCCGCAGCAGCUUUGCCCAACGGCUGCUUGAUGGUUUGUGGAGGCUAUGAUGAACAAGGCAUUGUCCGGGGCGUUCUGGACAGCUGCGAGGUGUUUAACCCACUUCAGCAGCGAUGGUCAAAGACGGGUGCAGCCUUACUAAGAGCGCGGUGGGGCCAUGGCUGCUCAGUCUUAGGGUCGGAAGUUUAUGCUGUUGGUGGUUGUGCCCUCCUACCAGGCUCUUUGAUUGGAGAGGAGCUGAUGGAGACCUUGCGCAGUUGUGAGGCGUAUGACGUGACCACCGAUUCGUGGCGAAUUGCUCCGAGCCUCAAUGUGGCUCGUGCGGGUGCAAGGGUUGUGACCAUUGCUGGUGGCAAGUUGGCCGCUGUGGGUGGUUGCGAUGACGUCUUUGGAAGGGCAGAGAUGCUUGCGAGUGUGGAAAUCUUGAAGCAAGGGAAUAGCAACUGGGAGCUCCUGGAUACACAGCUUGGUGUCCCCAGGACCACGGCUGCAGCAGUGGCUCUCGAUGCUGAAAGGAUCCUAGUGAUGGGCGGUGCACCCUCAUUGUCAUCAGCAGAGGUCUACCAUGUCCAGAAGAAAGCGCAGGAAGAUCAAGGAGAGGUUGGGUGCGCCAGCCAGAUCCAGAUCGGAGACAUGGCAGAAGGCCGCAUGGGCUGCCAAGCUGUAGUGAUGCGACUGCCAGCACCUGGAAAGACCUUCCCAACUUGUACACGGCAAUGUGUCGUGGUGGUCGGUGGAGAGAAUGGAGACGAGGACUGGGAAGAUGAAGGUGCUACUCUGGCAAGGCAGUUUAGCACUGUUCUGGUCUUCGAUGCGGAGGAGGGUGUUUGGCGACCGACAGACGCACUUUGAAAGCAAGAAGCUGUCCAGGCCUUUCCACACUUGCCGACACCGCGAACAGCGAUGGCGCUUUGUGUGGCUCCGGGAUUAGUGGUCGGCCAUUGCCACUAAGCUCCAAGCCAUUCCGCCUAGUGGGGACCUUUAGCUUGCUCAAGCAAGCCAGCCAUAUACCAAAACAUCAAGGGCGCUACCGUUCUUUUUUUGACUCCUAUUGGUUCCAAACAAUUGAGCUUGCUGUUGUCCUUGUUGUUUUGGGAUGCCUGGUUCUGUGAGUGGUCCCCUUACCUCGUCACUCUGAGCCGUCCUGGGCCCUGCCCUGGAACUCGGUCAACUUUCUAUCGUGCACUGUGUCUGCCAAUGGCAGAGCUGGAGCCACGACAUGGGACACCCCUCCGCACCGUGUGACACGCUGCCAUGUGACACGCAUCAAGUGCUUCAAACG